GGAGUUUCACCUUCUUAGGAAUUUUGGUUGCGCGAGACGGAGGUCAACGGCGACAGCGAGACGAGGCUUUGGCGACAGUGAGACAGAGAGGUGGACAGCGCGCAGCGGCUUCCGGUUCCUUGGUGGGAGACGGCGGAACAGCAGCCGGUAGUCUUUUCCUCCGUUUGUACUGAUUUGUUACUUUCUGCAGCUCAGCCCUAGCUAUUAAGCCUUGUGGAGUAUCCAAACCUUGAGAAACUCAUCAAGAGAUGAAAGCUCAAUGCCAAAGUUUGGAUAGAAUCAGUAAUCUCCCUCAAGAUACAAUUGAAAAAAUUCUAACUCAUAUGCCAAUCCGAGAUGCAUUGAGGACAAGCAUUUUGUCAAAGAAAUGGAGGUAUUGUUGGACAAGAAUGCCAAAACUUGUGUUUGAUGACAUGUUUACAGGAUCAUCUAUAUUUGAAAAUGAUGUAAUCCAAGAUUAUAACUUUGAAGAUAAGAUUAUCAAGGCAAUCUUCCAAGUUUUGUUGCUACACAAGGGUCCGAUAUCGGAAUUCUGUCUUUGUAUUGAAGAUACAGAAAUCGUUAAUGAGAUUGACAUGAUAAUACUCCAUCUUUCCUGGAACAAAAAUAUCAAGAAAUUCAUUUUUGAAUGUGUCAUAGGCUACAAGCUACCAUGUUCGUUUUUUUCGUUGCAAGAAUUAGAACACCUAGACCUCAGAUGUUGUAAAUUUGAGCUUCCUCAUAUGUUUAACGGAUUUAGUAAGUUGAAAAUCCUCAAAUUUUUUGAAGUUGAAACCACUACUGAGAUGCUUCAACGAUUCCUUUCCAAUUGCCCACUACUUGAGGAGUUUACUUUGAUUAGAGACUUUGUAGGAGGACACAAGUGUACAUUUGUUGAGCUGUUUAAGUGUUUGCCUUCGAUUCAGGUUCUGAUAAUCUCUAAGUUUUAUGUCAAGCUUUUUGCUGCAGGUGGUAUGCCAUGGAAGCUCCCCACUUCACUAAUCCACUUGAGGAGACUUGUUCUUGAUGUCUGUUUUCUAAUACAAGACGAGAUUUCAUCCACACUUUGUCUGAUCAACAACUCCCCAAAUUUGGAGAAGAUUCAAAUAAACAUGAAUUAUGAUGGUGAAAAAACUUUCACCAACUUGUUUGAUAUUCAAGAAGACUAUUCUGGCCUCAACUUGGAUCAUCUUAAAGAGUUGGAGAUCACAAGCUUCCAUAACCUUGCUACCGAAAUGGAGUUUUUGAAACUCAUUAUGGCUAAGUCACCUCUGCUUAAGAAAGCACGAAUAGAGCUCAGUAUAUUGGUUACUGUUGGUGAAGAAAAUAAGAUGCUUCGAGAUUUGUUAUUUCUGCCAUUUCCACGUGCAUCACCAGCAGCAAAAUUCAGUAUCGAACGCCCUAAAUAUUAACCGGUGAAUGCAAAUUAAGUUUUACUGAUGCAAGUUUAAAUGUGUUGGUUGAAAUAUAAGGAUUGUAAAGCGCAGUGCCUUUAUUGUCUAUAUUGAACUGGUUUAGAUGUGUUUUUGGGUUGAUUAUGAGUGUUAUGACAAUUGUUAACUUUCUACUCCCGUAUAUUCCUCAA